AUGUCUCCAAGGCCAUCAGAUGACGAGCAGGGCUCCAAAUCAGCCAGCAAUGAGCUCGUUAGCCCUGCUCCCCAUGAUGAGAAGAGGAUCGCGACACCGGCUGCUGAAGCCAAUCCUGGCGGCUUGACCUACAUCACCGGCUGGAGACUUCACUUAAUCACGGCAGGCCUUUGCCUGGGUCUGUUUCUCGUCAACUUUGAGGUAACUGUUGUCAGUACCGCUCUGGUUUCUAUCACGGAUGACCUCCAAGACUAUGCCCGCAGUAGCUGGAUCAUCACAGCAUAUCUCCUGACUUACACUGGCUGCUUGGUCAUUUGGGCCAGGCUUAGCGACAUCAUCGGCCGAAAAUGGGCAUGUGUGUCUUCAUUCUUCAUAUUUGCUGCCUGGUCGGGUGCGUGUGGCGGAGCUCAAACCAUGGUCCAACUUAUCAUAUUCCGCGUUCUCCAAGGUGUUGGUGGUUCUGGCAUGUACGGAAUGACAACAAUCAUGCUCUACGAGCUCGUGCCACCGGCCAAGUUUCCACUGUACACAACCUUUGUUAUGAUCCUCUUCGCCAUAGGAUUCGCCCUGGGCCCAGUUCUGGGUGGAUUAAUCACCAACAGCGGGUCCUGGAGAUGGGUAUUUCUUCUCAAGUAA